GAGAGAGAGAGAGAGGGAUUGAUGAGAUAAGACUGGUCAAAUGUACAGAAACUUUGCAUGGGAAUGAGUUACAAAAGAUUUUAUACAUAAUUUGGAUGUGUCUUCUUCUAUCUACCCUUCUCAUCUUUAUAUAAGCCACUGGCCUCCUAGUUUCUCACAGACAGAACCCAUAUCCACUUUUCUCGACUGCUACUUUCUGCCUCAGGCUUCAAUUAGUCUCUCUUCUAUCACUUUCUCUCCUCCCACACUUGACCAUUUUCCAAUUCCAAAGCUCUCAGGUUUUUUUUUUUUGUUAUAUAAUAUGGCAGCCUUUUCAUACCACCCUGCCUUUCUCCUUGACUCAAUUUUCUUGCCCUACACUCCUAACAACAUCAACAUUGAUGACCAUUUCUCUCCAUCUUACCCUUCUGAGCCUUUGAUCCAGGAAGUUCAUAAUACUGAUUCAAGAGCUGUUGAAAGCAGCUGUACUGUUGAUCACAGCUCAGCAAAGGUUUCUCUCAGUGACAAUGAGCCUUCUGUGACCAAGAAACAGAGCACAGAGUCCUCAACUGUGGUGGAUAAGCUUGAAACUGGUGAGCAGGUCACUCAGAAAGUGACUUCUAUGGACAAGAAGAGAAAGAACAGAAAUGGAUCAUCUUUGAAUUCUGCUCAAUCCAAGGCUUCAAGAGAGCACAAGGGAAAGAAGCAAAAGAAAUUGGAUGGUGCCGAGAAAGCUGGGGAAAAGAAGGCUAAAUCAGAUAAAAAAGACCAGGUCAAAGUUGGAGAUGAACCUCCAACAGGUUACAUUCAUGUUAGAGCAAGGAGGGGUCAGGCUACUGAUAGCCACAGCCUUGCAGAGAGGGUAAGAAGAGAGAAAAUCAGUGAGAGGAUGAAGAUGCUGCAAAGACUUGUUCCUGGCUGUGACAAGGUCACUGGAAGGGCAGUGAUGCUGGAUGAAAUUAUCAAUUAUGUCCAGUCCCUACAAAAUCAAGUGGAGUUCCUCUCAAUGAAGCUUGCUUCUGUGAACCCCUUGUUCUAUGACUUUGGAAUGGACUUGGGUGCUUUGAUGGUCAAACCAGAGAGAUUGAGUAGCAUGGCAUCACCAUAUCCAUCUGUGCCACAAUGCAGCCCCACACAGCCCACACCUUUUGCUGAUACAUCUCCCAACAUCACCACCAACACCACCUUCUCCACAGCUAACAACUAUCCUUUCCCGGACAGUUCAGCUUCAAUUCUACUUCAACAAGGGCAGAGGCCAAAUGACUUUUCUCAGGACAGUGAAAGCCUAAUGUGGGAUGUGGAGGAUCAAAGACAAAACUUUCUCAAUCCAUCUGGUUUCGGCAACAACUUUCAAUUAAUAUAAUCCAAGCAGCUGCCCCCACAAGCAUAGAGGCAUAUGUUUGUGAGGAGACUACUGCAAAAAUCCAGCCAAAACCAGAGAAAAAGAAACUCAGACAUGAAAAAAUUUCUUCUUUUUUUAUUUUAAUCAGCAUCAUCAGUUCCAUUGGAGAGGGGCUUCUUCACCCAAAGCCAAAGGCACUGGUUCCAAGUACAAUAUAUAUUUUUGUAGUGGGCUCUGAAAAUGAAUAAAGGGUAGCAGCAAUAUCAAUGGAUGAAGAACACAAAGGACAGAUAACAACCGACCAACAAAGACCAAAUCUUUUUCUAGAUCCCUUGUUCCUGUCCAUUCCGGACUCUCCCUCUCUCUUCCUUAGUCUCUCUUAUUAUGCAAAUGCACAAAUUCCAAGAACCUGUAUAAUGGUGGUGGUGGUAGUUAAAGCUUGGAACUUUAAUUUUAAUGUGAAAGAAAAACUAUGUAUAAAAUAAUAACCUUUCAAUAUAUAUGUAUAUAUAUAUAUAUAUAUAAUUGACCAAUUCUUGUGGUU